AUGGCAGCUUCCGCUGUAAAAGUUGCAGUCAGAGUCCGACCUUUCAAUAACCGUGAGCGUGAAGAAGGCGCUGAACUUUGUGUUGACAUGAAAGGCAACAUGACCAAAGUUUGGAAUAGAGAGCAAGGCACAAGCAGAGAAUUCUUUUUUGACUAUAGCUAUUGGUCUCAUGAUGGAUCCAGAGAAGACCCCGAAACUGGAGUUCUCACCAAAGAUGGCCCAGGGUCUAGGUAUGCAGAUCAGCAAAUGGUUUUCAAUGAUAUUGGGAUUGGCGUUCUUGAUAACGCAUGGGAAGGUUACCAUUGCUGCUUAUUUGCAUAUGGGCAGACAGGUUCAGGAAAAUCCUACUCGAUGGUAGGAUAUGGGAAUAACAAAGGAAUCAUCCCAAUUGCCUGUGAAGAAAUUUUCAGAAGAAUAAAUGACCGAGCUUCACCAUAUAUCGAAUGCAAGGUCGCUGCAAGUAUGCUUGAAAUUUAUAAUGAACAAGUCCAAGAUCUGUUGCAGCCUCCACAAAACAGAGUAAAAGGAGGGCUGAAAAUUAGAGAAGACCCUAAAAGAGGCGUUUUUGUUGAAGAUCAGACAGAGGAAGUCUGUACAUCUUAUGAAGAAAUCUCAGCAGUUUUAGAUAAAGGCAAUAAGAGUCGUACAGUUGCUGCUACUCAAAUGAAUGCAACUAGCUCUCGUGCCCAUACAGUCCUCACUAUUUCUUUUACCCAAAUCUUUUAUGAUGAAGAAACCGGGAAACCUUUAAAUCGCAAACAAAGCAACAUCAACCUUGUUGAUCUUGCAGGCUCAGAAAGAGCUUCAAAAACUGGUGCAACUGGAGAUCGUCUCCAAGAAGGUAGCAAUAUCAAUAAAUCUUUAUCAACACUUGGAAAAGUCAUCACAUCUCUAGCGAAGCGUUCAUCUGGGCAGCUAGGCAAAGGAGAAGUCAUCCCUUACAGAGAAUCCAAACUGACCAGAAUCCUUCAAAACGCGCUCGGUGGGAAUAGCAUGACUACUAUGAUCGCUGCUAUUUCGCCUGCCACGUUUAAUUAUGAUGAAACUAUGAGCACUCUCAGAUAUGCGGAUGCUGUCAAGUCAAUUAAAAAUGCUGCUGUUAUCAAUGAAACUCCACAAGAAAAGCUUAUUAGGGAACUUAAAGAAGAAAAUGAAAGGCUUAAAGCUAUGAUUGAAGGAAAGUAUGUACAGGCCUCACCUGGAGCAGAAGUGAUAAGAAUGGAUGAAGAAACAAAAAAAGAGUAUGAGAAGCAAAUAGAAGAACUGAGGAAAGCUAAAGAAGAAGCUGAAAAAACAUGGCAAGAUAGGCUGAGGGAUCAUGGGAGCAAGCCACAUAUAGUUGCACCUGUGCAGCAAGAGCCUGAAAAAAUAACAAAGCCCCAUUUAUCGAAUUUAAACGAAGACCCUUUAUUAUCAGGCUAUAUCAAACAUCAAUUUAAGCCUGGAAGAAAUGUGAUUGGUAAGAAGAACCCAAGUUCGCCGCCUGGUAUCAUUAUAGAAGGGCUAGGAGUGGGAAUUGAUCACUGUGUCGUUAUAUAUCCCUCUGCAUUUUGACAGGCCAUUAUUAAGCAUCCAUUUUUAAUUUUAAAAUAAAUUUGCGUAUGCCAGUUUUUUAUGAUAAAAAAAAGAAAUUUAAUCAAUCUCAGUGCAUGGUCUGAGACGCCUAAUCAGACUUAGACUGUUUAAAGCAAUCGUUCUGAAUAAUUUUUUUUGGUCGAUAUGCUGCUUGGCAAUAGCGAUCUAUUAUGUUGCAUAAGCUGUAUAUGAAAAUGAUGAAUACAAAAUAAUCCCAUCUCAAGACCCCAAUUUGAAAACUAUGUUAAAUGGGAAAAUAUUAACAGAAGAAACUGUGCUGAAUCAUCAAGACAGAAUUCGCUUUGGAAAUCACAACUAUUUUCUAUUUAUUGACCCUGAAGAACUAGGUGGGGCUCCUUUUGACUGGGAAAAAGCUGUCAAUGAAGCAAAUGAAGAGCAGGUUAAAGUGCUCCUUGGGCAUCAAGAUGAAGAAAUUAAGGCUAAAGAAGAAGAAAUGAGGAAAAAGCUUGAAGCAGAGUGGGAAGAAGCUAGGAAAAAAAUGGAUGAAGAAAGAAUGCAGCUUGAAAAAUUAAUAAAAUCCAAGAAAAACGAAGACUCAGCUACACAAAAAGCUUUGGCUGAUAAAGAAGCAGAGCUGAAAGCAAGACAGAGAGCUAUGGAAGAAGAAAUCAGGGAAAAAGAAAUCAAAAUGAAGCAGCAUGAAGAAGAAAGAAACGCUCUUGAAAGGCUUAAAAAAAUGCUGACAAAUGCGAUUCAGCAAAUAAAUGAAGCUAAUGAGCGUGCAGUUGUACUAGGAAAAAAUGCUCUAUUCCAGCCUGAACUAUAUAGAGAGGCUGAUCCAGGCCGCACAGGUGUUGGAACUGGCCUUACAAGUACUAAGGUAAGGAUAAGAGUUACCUACCCAGGCCUUUCAGACGAUUUCCAAAUAAAAUGGCCACUAGAGAAGCUGGAGGCUAGGCUUGUGGAUAUGCAGGAAAUUUGCAAUCAGCUCUCUUUAGGCGCAGACCCUUCUGAAAUCGACAUUGGCUAUGACCCAUUUUCUGAUAAACUUGACAGUUUGGGAGACACUUAUAGAUUGAUUGGCUAUGCUUAUGUGUACUUGGACGUGAUUUAUCACCUAUUGAGCCUCGAUGAAGACUUCAUUCCUAUUAUUGAUGACAGAGGAUCAAGAAGAGGUUCAUUAAGGGUAGCAGUAGAGCCUGGGCUUGAAGGAGCUUCUCCUAGUGAUUUUGACAAUCUCAAAGAACUUGCAGGGAAGCAGCUUAAUCUAGCAGUUAGUAUUAGCGAAGCUGUAGAUGUCCCAGAUGCUUUUAGUACAGGAAUUUUCUGCAAAUAUCGGCUUGAUAUGGUCUCUGAAGAAGAGUUUUCAACUGAAAAAUGCAUGGAGACUACCACAAAUCCACAUUUUAAUUAUUUGAAAACUCACAAUAUUGAUCUGACUACAGAAAUUGCUGAAAAGUUCCUAAAUCAUGCACUAGCUAUAGCUGUUUAUGGAGAUAUCACACAAGAAAUGAAGCAAAGAGAGCUAAAUAAGCUUAAAGCCAAUGUGAAUAAAGCUAUUGUUAAGACAGGGAUAAAUUUGAACCCAGGAAUGGCAAAUUUAGAUAUUGAAGAAGAGCUUGGUGCUGAGCUUUUUGAUCCUAAAAGUCCUCAAGGAUUUUCAAAAAUGGCAAGCAGCCCAGGAAAGUCUUCAGCAUUACAAGAAGAAUUGAUGAGGAAAGAAGAAGAAAUAAGGGCCUUGAAAGCUGAACUUGCCAAAAGGAGUGGUGGUGAAGUUAUCAUUGUGAAUCAAGCAGAUAAUACGCCAGCUGUCAAAGUGCAAACUGUAAAAAGAGGCUCAUGUGCUUGCUUAAUCUUCUAA